AUGAAAAUUCUAUAUAUAUUAUUAGGGUACCUUAUUAACCUUUUAAAUUCAAAGUGCAAUGAAUUGGUAACACAACAAUAAAUAGCUUGCUAUUAAUUCACAUCAUAAUGUUAUAUUUUAGAAGGAGAUGAAGAAGAUUAUUAGAAACUCCAGCACAUCAAUACUCAAAUUGUAUAAAAGUCAUUCUAAAUUCCAUUUUAAGAAGAACCAAUAUUAAUAAGAGUAAUCAAUUCUUUAAAUCAAAAUAAAAUAUAAGAAAAAUUGUUAUGCUGCUUAUUUGUUAAUCUCGAUUAUUAUAUCACUUGUAUGGGCUUUGAUUUAAUUUUGUACGAGGAAUAAACUAAUUUUAAUGAAUUAAUUAGGAUAGAGACAAAAAUAUUGGCUAAUGAACUCUGUGAUGAAUUGUUUACAAAUUAAGAUGGAAGUUUAAGUUUAUUUUGUCUGAGUUAGUCAACUUUAAAAUAAUAUGACAUAGAUUUGUAAGGGAGGGUGACUAUAAGUUUGGAAUAUGAUGUUUCAGACCAAAGAGAGGAUGAAUGCAAAAAAAAAUAAAUCAAAAUGGACCAAGAAUAAUAUUUAAUUGUGUUUUAUCAAUGUUGGAGAUGGAAAGUUAUGUAAAUUAAAAACAAUCAAGCUAGCAUUUUGUUCGAAGCUUCGAUGAAGUAUAAGUAUAUUGAGUUAUCAAAUCUUUCUUUCAUUGAUGAUGUGUCUUAUUGUGAAAUUAAUCAAAAAACAUCUUGUAUCAUUUUGAUCCAAGAUAAUUUUUAUGUGUAAGUAUAUCUUAAUUAAUAUGAAACAAAAACUCUAAAUUACUUCUUAAUGUAGUACACAAGUAAAAUUCAAAAAAUCAUAAUCUAACAGAUAUGCUAAAUAAUAGUUUUAGUGAAUGAAUUAGAUAAAACCAAUUCAUCAUUAAUUCAAACUUAAAAACAAUUAGAAAUCAUUCUGAGUUAAAAAUACACAUUGAACAAUAUUCACUUCCGUUCAAACCUUCUUUUUUUAUAAAACUAAUUUGAAUUGAAAGUAUUAAUAAAUGUUCGCAUUAAUUAGACAUAUCAAAUUUGUAACACUUCAUUAUACUUUUAUGAUUCUAAUAAUUUAUUCUCUUAAUAUGAUUAGACAAAAAAAGUGUUAUAAUUUUAUUAAUACAAACCACUAAGUGGUUUUGUAAUACCUAAAUUAAAGUUUGUAUAUGUAAUUGAGAAAAAAAAUUUAUUUAAAAAAGACUGCAUUGUUUUGUGUUUUAGAAUUUUAAAGGAAAAUAGCAAUUAAAAAGAAAUGUUCUAACUCACUGAGUUGAUGGAAUUUCAAAAUAUUUGUUAAAAGAAGUAAUCAAAAUUCUUGAUAUUACAGAACUUUAAAUACUUUAAUAAUGCUACAUUUGAUUUAAAUAGUAGUGAUGGGAAUAUUAAGGUAAGUAUCAGCAAAUAUUAAGAUUUUCAAUAAAAUUGUUUAAUAAAACUUUAUAAAACUUAUUUUUAACAUAAGUUUUAGUUAAAAAAAAUAAUUUAUGGCUAUGUAUGUUUUCAAUAUGAAUCAUAUUUUUAUAUCUAUAAUUGUCAACCCCUUAAACUUUCAUACUCAGUAAACAUGGAUGAAUAUCACGUACUUGAAUCUUAAUUGAUAUAUUUUUUUGUGAACAGAAAUAAAAAUAAUAAUUAUGUAUUGAGAGGAGUUAAANCUCCAGCACAUCAAUACUCAAAUUGUAUAAAAGUCAUUCUAAAUUCCAUUUUAAGAAGAACCAAUAUUAAUAAGAGUAAUCAAUUCUUUAAAUCAAAAUAAAAUAUAAGAAAAAUUGUUAUGCUGCUUAUUUGUUAAUCUCGAUUAUUAUAUCACUUGUAUGGGCUUUGAUUUAAUUUUGUACGAGGAAUAAACUAAUUUUAAUGAAUUAAUUAGGAUAGAGACAAAAAUAUUGGCUAAUGAACUCUGUGAUGAAUUGUUUACAAAUUAAGAUGGAAGUUUAAGUUUAUUUUGUCUGAGUUAGUCAACUUUAAAAUAAUAUGACAUAGAUUUGUAAGGGAGGGUGACUAUAAGUUUGGAAUAUGAUGUUUCAGACCAAAGAGAGGAUGAAUGCAAAAAAAAAUAAAUCAAAAUGGACCAAGAAUAAUAUUUAAUUGUGUUUUAUCAAUGUUGGAGAUGGAAAGUUAUGUAAAUUAAAAACAAUCAAGCUAGCAUUUUGUUCGAAGCUUCGAUGAAGUAUAAGUAUAUUGAGUUAUCAAAUCUUUCUUUCAUUGAUGAUGUGUCUUAUUGUGAAAUUAAUCAAAAAACAUCUUGUAUCAUUUUGAUCCAAGAUAAUUUUUAUGUGUAAGUAUAUCUUAAUUAAUAUGAAACAAAAACUCUAAAUUACUUCUUAAUGUAGUACACAAGUAAAAUUCAAAAAAUCAUAAUCUAACAGAUAUGCUAAAUAAUAGUUUUAGUGAAUGAAUUAGAUAAAACCAAUUCAUCAUUAAUUCAAACUUAAAAACAAUUAGAAAUCAUUCUGAGUUAAAAAUACACAUUGAACAAUAUUCACUUCCGUUCAAACCUUCUUUUUUUAUAAAACUAAUUUGAAUUGAAAGUAUUAAUAAAUGUUCGCAUUAAUUAGACAUAUCAAAUUUGUAACACUUCAUUAUACUUUUAUGAUUCUAAUAAUUUAUUCUCUUAAUAUGAUUAGACAAAAAAAGUGUUAUAAUUUUAUUAAUACAAACCACUAAGUGGUUUUGUAAUACCUAAAUUAAAGUUUGUAUAUGUAAUUGAGAAAAAAAAUUUAUUUAAAAAAGACUGCAUUGUUUUGUGUUUUAGAAUUUUAAAGGAAAAUAGCAAUUAAAAAGAAAUGUUCUAACUCACUGAGUUGAUGGAAUUUCAAAAUAUUUGUUAAAAGAAGUAAUCAAAAUUCUUGAUAUUACAGAACUUUAAAUACUUUAAUAAUGCUACAUUUGAUUUAAAUAGUAGUGAUGGGAAUAUUAAGGUAAGUAUCAGCAAAUAUUAAGAUUUUCAAUAAAAUUGUUUAAUAAAACUUUAUAAAACUUAUUUUUAACAUAAGUUUUAGUUAAAAAAAAUAAUUUAUGGCUAUGUAUGUUUUCAAUAUGAAUCAUAUUUUUAUAUCUAUAAUUGUCAACCCCUUAAACUUUCAUACUCAGUAAACAUGGAUGAAUAUCACGUACUUGAAUCUUAAUUGAUAUAUUUUUUUGUGAACAGAAAUAAAAAUAAUAAUUAUGUAUUGAGAGGAGUUAAAUUUUCAUAGGAAUCACUUUUGCAUUUCAAUAUUUAAUUAAAUGAUGUAAUUACAAAUGUUAAGCAAGUUUCUUAAAAUGCAUUUGUUUACACAAAAGAUUCUGAUUUGCCUCUCAUUAUGUCAACGAAUCCUGAGUAAAAACCAAGUUACAAAUACCUAUCGAAGAACUUUUAUUAACCUGGACUUAUUCUAUUUUAUUUUGAGAAUGAAAAUGUAAAAUUUAUCCAAUAUGCAAAUAUUUUGGCUAUCUCAACUAAAGAAUAUUUUAAAUGUUAUCAAAUUCAAGAAUAAUUAAUUAUUUCAAUUUAAACUUUAUAACUCUGUUACUUAUUGUUUGCAAUACAAAAUUCAACUCAAUCUCUAAUUCUAAAUUACUUCAAGGAUGAUGAAUUACUUUAAAUUAAAAAUUACACUUUUAAUGACUAUUAAUUUUACUACCCUUUUAAGUACUAAAUAAAUUUUGAUAGCUUAGCUAUUUUACUUGAAUAAAAUAAUUCAUUAUCUAUAGCCAUUUUUUAAUAUAAUCUGUCUGUGUUAUCAUUUAUUGAAAUUAUUGCAACUGAUGAUCCUUUUUUUUAAUUUGAUCAUUUUUGUAUAUUGUUUUCUUUUGAAAAAGAGUGGAGGUGCUCAUUCUUGAAAAUAUUUUUAGUCAAUCUAGAGAAAGAAAAACUUCAUUAAAGAAAGUUAAAUUCAAACUUUUCAUUAAACUUAAAAGAGGAGGAUGGUAGUGUUGAAUUAAAUAUUUUAAUUUAAAAUUAAUGCUAUGAGUUAUAUAAUCUCAUGAUAUCAUCUAAAAUUGAAAUUUAAAAUAAUAAAAGAGUAAAAUUAAAUAUUUCUGAGAUGUUUUAUGGCCCAAUUAGUAAUUUGACUAUUAUAAAUAAUUCAAACAUUAUUUUGAGAGGACCAAUUCAAUUUAGUUAAGAACUAUUAAAUUGUGAUGAAUAAACCUCACCAUUAUGUUAUAGAUAAUAUCAUUUUCAAGCAUAAAUAGCAAAGUUAAGUUUUAAAGUGAUUUUUUUGGAAAAUUAAAUUAUUCAUGUAAUUCGGGAUUAUUUUUGGAAUUAACAUUAUUUGACUUGGAUACAAUAGCAAUAUUAUCUUCGCAUCUCACAAUUAUUUGGCGAUUUAAAUAUUGAAUUAAUUCAAUGUUCUGAAAAUUAAUAUGAAUUUUGUAAAUUGAUCUCAAAUAUUAGUUAUAAAAUAACAAUAAGUUCGACUAAUUUUGCAGACACAAUAAGAGUUGGUAAUUUAAUAAAGCUCAAGCUCGAUGAUGGUAAUAAUACUGCUUUAAUUAUUAUUGAUGGUAUCAAUUUUAAUUUAUAAAUUGUAACUGUUAUUAUCUUUGAUAUCCUAUAUAUUGAAAAAUCAAAUGAUUAAUAUCUCUUUCUAUAGAAAGACAUCAAUACCUGGUCUGAUAUAUAAUUGGCUAUGUAUCAGAUCAAUUUAUAACAACUAAACUUGAUAUACUCAAUAAAACUGAACAAAGAAAUUUAUCCAGAAUUGUCUAAACAUAAAAAUUUUAAUAAAUACGAUUUCACAAUUAAACUAGUAUCAUGUAAAUAUACUGAAGACCUAAUUAAGCUUAAACUUUUCAUUGUGAAUUAAUUGAUUUCAGAAUUAUUCUAUUUAAUGAUAAAUUUAAAAAAAAAUUACAUUGAAUUCGAAUUGUAAAAGUAGUUGAGAAAUUAAAUCCCCUAUAAUAAUUCUUAGAAUGAAAAUAUUCUAAUUUAAUAUAUGGAUGAUACUCAUAUAAUUUUAAAAUAAACUAGGAAUGAACUCUCUCAUUUUUAUGAUGUUCAAGAAGAUAGGUAACUCUAUGACUAUUUCCAUAAAACUAUGCUUACAUUGGAAAUGAUAAGGAUAAAUAUUACUCAUUUCAUUUUCGUUGAUAAUUAAGUUUAAUAAAUAUAAAUAGGAACAAUUGGAUACGAAUUAGAAUUAUAAAAUGGUGAUGAAAUUGAAUAACAUUGCCAAUUAUUUGCUCAAAACGAGAUAUCAAAUGCAAUAGUAUUAUUAUAAAUACAUAUAAUUAACAAAUACAAGUUGUUUACAAAUAGUAUUUUAUUCAUUUAAAUAACUUGUUUCCUUUUCAUACUAAUUUACACUAGAAAAAUUAAAUCUAAAUCUCAAAAUCAAAAGCAAUAACAAAAUAUUCGAUGA